CACCAACCAGCCCCGUGUCCCCUUACGCUUGUCGAGUGCCUCUGAAAGCGAGUUAUUCUUCACUGUUUCCCAGUUUGCUCGGCCAUAACUGAGGAGCGGGAGGAGAGGAGCGCGCCUUUUUAUUUUCCUCCUUCCCCUGUUCAUCCCAUCUGGCCCCUCCAGCCUCCUCUAAAUGAUUGAAGCCAUGCCCAUCGUGUCUGCAAGCACAGGGCUGCAUGAGACUCUUGCUCUGCUUACCUCUCAGCUCCAUCCGGAUGCCAACCACAAAGAAGACAUGGUCUUCCUCAAGGAUGUCUUCAGUGAGAGAAGCCUCGGUUACCUCAUGAAGAUGCAUGAGAAACUGAAGCAGUACGAGAAGCAGAGCCCGACGCCGGUUCUGCACAGCGCCUCCUGUCUGGCAGAGGAUCUGGCCGAAGAGCUCCAGAGUGGACCGAUGGAGGAUGAUGAAAGGGAACUGCUGCUCCUGCUGAGCACUCCUCACCUCAAGGCGGUGCUGUCGGCCCAUGACACGGUGGCCCAGAAGAACUUUGACCCGGUGCUGCCGCCGCUCCCGGAGGAGCUGGAUGACGACCUGGAGGAGGAGUCUGUGAAGAUUGUCCGUCUGGUGAAGAACAAGGAACCCUUGGGGGCGACUAUUCGACGAGACGAGGUGACGGGGGCUGUGAUCGUGGCCAGAAUCAUGAGGGGAGGGGCAGCCGACCGCAGUGGUCUGGUACAUGUGGGAGAUGAACUUCGAGAGGUCAAUGGAAAUCUAAUAAUACACAAAAGGCCAGAUGAAAUUAGUCAGAUUCUGUCCCAGUCACAAGGCUCCAUCACCCUCAAAAUCAUUCCAGCCAUCAUAGAAGAAGACAAACUGAAGGAAAGCAGGGUCUACCUUCGGGCGUUGUUUGACUACAUGCCCUUUGAGGACAAGGCCACGCCCUGCCAGGAGGCGGGACUUCCUUUUAGCAGGGGGGACAUUCUGCAGGUGGUGAGCCAGGACGACCCCACCUGGUGGCAGGCCAAGAGAGUGGGAGACUGUAACCUCCGUGCCGCCCUCAUCCCCUCCACGCAGUUCCAGGAGAGGCGCCUGAGGUACAGGAUGAAAAUGGGCUCCUUCCCUGCCCCUGUGUCCCCUAAAACUCCCACAUAUGAUCGGGCUGACAGAGAAGACUGUGACAGUGAGGGCACUCUGAAUGGACAGGACAUAGCCGGCCUGCGCAGAAGUUUCCGCCUGAGGAAAGAUCGUCAUGGCUCAUCGGGAGAACCUUGCACCCCUGACGCCAGCCAGUCAGAUUUUCUAAUUUACGAGGAAGUAACACAAUAUGUGCCACGCCGUGGUGAACGGCCACGCCUUAUAGUAUUGAUCGGUUCCCUCGGGGCUCGGAUCACAGAGCUCAAACAGAAGGUGAUCUCUGAGAACCCUCGACGUUACGGUGUGGCCGUGCCUCACACCACUCGAGCCAGGAAGAGUCACGAGAGAGAGGGAGUGGAGUACCACUUCAUUACAAAAGCAGCCUUCGAGGCAGACAUCCAGAAUAACAGAUUUAUUGAGUAUGGGGAGUAUAAGGACAACCUGUACGGCACCAGUCUGGAGUCCAUCAACAGCGUUUUAGAUCAAAACAAGGUGUGCUUGGUGGACGUACAGCCAGAGGCACUGAAAACUUUGCGCACCGCUGAGUUCAAACCAUAUAUCAUAUUUGUAAGACCUCGGAUCCACGAUCCUCACUGCAAACAGCUCAGCUCCUCUUCUUCCUCGCUCAGUGCAGGGAUCACGGAGGAGGACCUGCAGGAAAUGCUGCAGUCGGCUGAGCGGAUGGACGAGCGCUAUGGCCAUUGGGUGGACUACGUCCUGGUGAAGGAAGACCCAGUCAGUGCCUUAGCAGAGCUCCAGGUUGUGCUAGAGAGGGUGGAGGUCGAGCCCCACUGGGUGCCUGUGUCAUGGGUCAGGACCUAGCCAGGUCACUUGCGUCAGCUCGGCCAGUGUCACAGCGGAUCGCUGUGGACCGCUGCUUGAGGAGGACAGAUAAAACUGCAGGGAUCCUCUGAAGGUUCUCUAGGUUUGGGUGACCCAGUGUUCACUGCCAUAGUAUACAACCAUUCCACCAGUAAAGGUCUGUGCGGUAUUUGGAUGAGUGGAGUCAGUCCUACAAAAGAACACUGAUUUGCACUGAGGUUUGAGAGCAGCAUGUUCAUCCAUCUGAGUAUCAGGCGAGCCUGUUCAUCUUAGAUUGUUCAGUGUGAAAUGAGUGGGGUAGUUAACAGAUAUUGUGCUAAAAUAAAUAUAUCUAAACUGUACAAACUGUAAUUGGCAGUGCAGUGGCUCUGAAAGGGCAUGUGGUACAUGCAUGCAGGAUAAAGUUUGUGAAAUGAGUGUUAGUCUAAGACUUGCACUCGGUGUGACAGACAGUUUUAAACAUCUAGUAUGUUACAGCAUCUAUAUUGGAAAGGUAAAGUGCCAUAUCCAACAAUAUGUAAAACAUUUGACAAAGUUUAAGGUAAAAUGAAAUUAAAUCAAUAUGCAGACAACUUAUUCUUGCUGGAAACUGUGCUAAUGUGCAUAUUAUCUGACUUCAAAUAUUUAAUUUUGGUUAUGACAAAAUACGCUUGAAUAAAGAGAAAGUAAGAAAAAUUCACA